UGUUUUCUCAUUUAGCUCAUUUAUCAUCACACGUUUGAUUACAAUUCAUCAGUUUUUUUAAACAAAAAUAAAUUUUAAAAUUCAUCACAUAAACAAGAUCAUAGAUAUAUUCAUAAGAACUGAUAUUAAUAAAUAUUCUAUUCACGAAUAUUUUUGUUUAAUAUUAUUAUUUAAUAUUAAGAACAAAUGUUUCUCUAUGACUGGAUCUUCAAUGCCCUAGGCUAUCUUGGUUUAUGGAAAAAAAGUGGCAAAUUAUUAUUUCUUGGUUUGGAUAAUGCUGGAAAAACAACACUUCUUCAUCUGCUCAAAACUGAUAGAUUAAUUCAAGCAAACCCAACACAUCUUCCACAAUGUGAAGAAAUGUCAAUUGGUGACAUGUGUUUUACAACAUAUGAUCUUGGUGGUCACAUUGAGGCUCGAAGAGUUUGGAGAGAUUAUUUUCCAGCAGUUGAUGCUAUUGUAUUUCUAGUUGAUGCAACUGAUAGAUCACGUUUUCCUGCAUCACGUCAUGAGCUUCAUGGUCUUUUGACAGAUGACAAUAUUAGUUCAUGUCCAAUACUCGUUUUGGGCAAUAAAAUUGAUCUAGAAGGUGCAGCAUCUGAAACUGAAAUACUGGACUAUUUUAAUAUUCAUCAUUUAACAACUGGAAAAGGAAAAAUAUCAAGAGAAGAUACACAUAGUCGUCCUUUAGAAUUGUUCAUGUGUUCAUUGAAUAAAAAACAAGGAUAUGGUGAAGGUUUUCGUUGGCUUUCUCAAUAUAUCGAUUAA